AUCACUCAUUUUACUUCUCGAAGAAUCGGUCCGACGGGCCCCUUCUUAAACCCCUCCUUCCAAUCUCGGCUCCGCUACUUGCUCCCGCAGCAGUACCAAACCCCAAUUUCUGGGAUUUCAAAUCUUACAUCGUUCUCAGCCCUCUGGGAUUCAUUCACAGAGAGAGAGAGAGUGGAAGGAGAAGUUUCCAAAGGGGGAGAGAGAGAGAGAGAGGUGGAAGGGGGGUAGGAUGAAGAUACAGUGCAACGUGUGCGAGGCGGCGGAGGCGGCGGUGCUGUGCUGCGCGGACGAGGCAGCGCUGUGUUGGGAGUGCGACAAGAAGAUUCACGCGGCCAACAAGCUGGCCAGCAUGCACCAGAGGGUCCCUCUCUCCAGCUCCUCCUCUCAGAUGCCCAAGUGUGACAUCUGCCAGGAGACAGUUGGGUACUUCUUUUGUCUAGAAGAUCGAGCUUUACUCUGCAGAAAAUGUGAUGUUGCCAUACAUACAGCGAAUACUUAUGUGUCUGCUCAUCAGAGGUUUUUGCUAACUGGUGUACAAGUUGGUCUCGAACCUACUGAACAUGUUGCUACCUCUUCCUCAGUGAAGUCACAUUUUGGGGAAAAAGGCCUGGAAACUAAAUCUCAAUCCGUGUCUAGAAGAGACUCAUCAUAUCCAUUGGCUGGUCAAUACAAUGAAUUAUUACCCGCUGAUGUUGGUGGAGUUGAGGACUUUGCAGCACCAAAGGUGUCAUAUACUGGGGGAUCUGUGGCUGGAAUUAUGCCGCAAUGGCCUAUUGAUGAAUGUCUUGGACUUACUGAGUUCAAUCUGAAUUACGGGUUCAUGGACAAUGGAUCAUCUAAGGCUGAUAGUGGCAAGCUUGGGGACUCUGAUUCCCCAGUUUUAAGAGCUGCUGAGGAAGGAGCGUAUGAUGAUGAUGAGUGCUUGGGUCAGGUGCCAGAGGCCUCAUGGGCAGUGCCUCAGAUCCCUUCACCGCCUACUGCCUCCGGGCUAUACUGGCCGAAAAGCUAUCAGAAUUCAUUGGAGGGUCCAGUUUUUGUUCCUGAUGCAUGCUUCUCGCGUGGGGAAAGCCCCCAGCAUCGGCAACAUAGUGUUUCCAUCUCAAAACGACGGAGGCAACUCUAAUCCAUGUCCCUAAGUUCCAUAAUUUUUGGAUGUCUUAUGGGUUUUUGGCAUUCUUCUCCUCCAUCAUUGUAAUAAAGAGUAGUUUGAAACUAGAACCGUAUCUGUAAUUUGAACUAUAUGUAUGUUAGUUGCACUGGACUUCCCACUGUUA